CUACAUAAGAACAAGAUCACGUCGAAACAAAACCGUGGUGAUUCACCAUGGAUGGCGGCAAGAAAGUGUGGGUGCCACAUGCAGCCGAUGGCUUCAAACUAGGCAGAAUCACUGACAUAGGGUCAGACAACAUUUCAAUAGAACCUUUUGAUGCCCCAGGAACGAUAAUCCACUCAGUGUACGACAGAGUUUUCCCUGCUGAGGAGUACGAUAACAAGGAUGUUGAUGACAACUGUGGGCUUAUGUACCUCAAUGAGGCCACACUCCUCCACAAUCUCAGGAUCCGUUACAUGAAAAAUAUGAUUUAUACAUACACUGCCAACAUCCUGAUUGCCCUGAAUCCAUACUAUGAGGUGCCAGAUCUUUACACUAAUGCAACCAUCCAAAAGUACCAAGGAAAGUCACUGGGUACCAUGCCUCCUCACGUGUAUGCUAUCGCUGACAAGGCCCUUCGAGACAUGAAGGUUUCGAAAGUAAGCCAGUCCAUAAUUGUAAGUGGGGAGUCAGGUGCUGGAAAGACGGAAUCAACCAAGUAUAUACUUAAGUACCUGACAAUGUCGCGUGGACAGAGCAGUGGGCAGAUUGAACAGAGAAUUCUUGAAUCUAACCCGUUGCUGGAAGCUUUCGGAAAUGCUAAGACCAUGCGUAACAACAACAGUAGUCGAUUUGGCAAAUUCAUAGAGAUCCACUUCAGUGGCAAGGUAAGUAUGACACUGGCUGGAGGAUUUAUUUCCCAUUACCUAUUGGAAAAGUCCAGGAUUUGUGUCCAGAGCUCCAAUGAGAGGAACUACCAUAUCUUCUAUCGACUAUGUGCUGGUGCCCCUGAUGACCUGCACAAGAAACUUCGCCUGGCUCCUCCAGACCAAUUCCAUUACUUGAAUCGUGGAUGUACACAGUAUUUCUGUGGUCGCCAGUCUGACAAAGCAAUGUCACAAGGCAGAAAGAGUAAACAGUACUUAAAGGAUGGCAGCCUCUCUGACCCAGUCAUUGAUGAUGUACAGAACUUUAAGAUUUGCGAUGAUGCCAUGAAACACCUGGGCUUCUCAGACACAGAUCGCUUAUCUGUGUACAACCUGGUCGCUGGAGUACUACAUCUAGGAAAUGUUGCAUUUGAGGAAAACCAUGAAGAUACAAAAGGUGGUUGUAAAGUGGUGGCUGGAGCUGAGGCUGCACUAGAUGCUGCUGCUUCACUGCUAGCUCUAGACAAGGAAGAGCUACGGGAAGCUCUUAUGAGCCGUGUCAUGCAGGCUGCUAAAGGAGGGUCAAAGGGCACCAUCAUCAAGGUCCCUCUGAAGGUAGGAGAGGCCUCUAAUGCCAGAGAUGCCUUAGCCAAGUCUAUCUAUUCACGCCUGUUUGACUUCAUUGUGGCCAGCAUCAACAAGUCCAUCCCUUUCACUUCCUCUGUUAGCUUCAUCGGUCUGCUGGACAUUGCUGGUUUUGAGUAUUUCCAGGUGAACAGCUUUGAACAGUUCUGUAUUAACUACUGUAAUGAGAAACUUCAACAAUUCUUCAAUGACCGAAUCCUGAAGGAGGAACAACUGCUUUAUGAGAAAGAAGGCCUCAAUGUGAAGAAGAUUGAAUGGACAGACAACAAGGAUUGUAUUGAGUUGAUUGAGAUGAAAGGAUCUGGAAUAUUUGACUUACUGGAUGAGGAAAGUAAACUGCCGCAACCAAAACCAGAUCACUUCACCAUGGAGGUGCACAACCGUAACAAAAAACACUUCAGGCUCAGUCUGCCUCGCAAAUCUAAACUGAAGAUGCACCGUGAUGUACGAGAUGAAGAGGGAUUCCUUAUCCGUCAUUUUGCUGGUGCUGUCUGCUACCACACAGUACAAUUUAUAGAAAAGAAUAAUGACUCUCUGCACGCAUCCCUGGAGUUCCUCAUACAAGACAGUAAGAAUGAACUUCUGAAGAAGAUGUUUGAGGGUGUCAAGGUCUCAUCUGGAAAGCUCAAUUUCAUCAGUGUUGGCAGCAAGUUCAGAUCCCAACUUGUUGUCCUGAUGGAGAAACUUAAAUCCACGGGAACCAAUUUUAUCAGAUGUAUCAAACCUAACUUGAAAAUGGUGGACCACAUGUUUGAAGGUGCCCAGAUUCUCAGCCAGCUGGAGUGUUCAGGUAUGAAUUCAGUGUUAGAUCUGAUGCAGCAAGGUUUCCCAUCUCGUACUCAGUUUAGUGAGCUGUACAACAUGUACAAACGCUACCUUCCUCCAGAGCUGGCUCGUCUUGAUCCUCGUCUCUUCUGCAAGGCACUGUUCAAAGCCCUAGGGCUGGAUGACAAAGACUUCAAGUUUGGGCUCACCAAGGUGUUUUUCCGACCUGGGAAGUUUGCUGAGUUUGAUCAGCUGAUGAAGAGCGACCCUGAAAACCUGGCAGCACUUGUGAAGAAGGUGAAGCGCUGGCUUAUCUGUUCUCGCUGGAAAAAGGCACAGUGGUGUGGCCUGUCUGUCAUCAAAUUGAAGAAUAAGAUUCUAUGGCGCCGUGAACAGAUCAUCUGUCUCCAGAAAACAGUCAGGAUGUGGAGGGAUGUCCACAAGUUCAGGCCUAAAUUUAAGAUGAUCUCCAAGGUGGAAGCCUCUCAAGGCCAGGUCACUGAGAUGUCCAAGAUUGUGUCUCAGCUUAAGAAAGAUAAGGAUUCUGCUACAAAACAAGUGGAGGCCAUUCAAAUAGCGCUGAAUUCCUUCAUCACUAAAAUCAGGAAGACAGACAUCAGUCCAGUGGAGAUGGAGAGAACUUACAACAACCUGCUUACUCAGAUGGACCAAAAUACCCAGGGUAUACGCAAACUGCUGGAGAAACAGAAGAUCAAGGAGGAGCAAGAAAGACUAAGAAAAAUACAGGAAGAAAUGGAGAGAGAAAAAAAGAGGAAGGAAGAAGAAGAAAGGAAGAAAAAGGCAGAGGAAGAGGAAAGGAGGCUAAAAGCAGAGAUGGAGGCUAAAAGGAAACGAGAAGAGGAGGAGCAGAAGAAGAAAGAAGAGGCAGAACGUGUAGAGAGGGAGAAGAUGAAGGCACUGUUGGCUAAGGAGGCCAAGGAGAACAAAGAAAGACAGCAGCAGCUGGAACAGGAGCACCGAGACAGAGAGCUGGCUCUACGUCUUGCUAUGGAGGACCAAAAUGCUGUAGAGGACGUGGUGGUGCCUCCACUACAGAGCACUACAAAAGAAAGGUCUGCAGAGGUCCAAGCAGCCCGUACAGCCCUGCUGUCUAAGAAGUAUGACUUGUCCAAAUGGAAGUAUGCAGAGCUACGUGACACUAUCAACACCUCAUGUGAUAUUGAGCUGCUUGAUGCCUGCAGAGCGGAAUUCCAUAGACGAUUAAAAGUCUAUCAUGCAUGGAAAUCAAGGAACAAGAAGACGAAUGACAAUACACCUGAUGAGCGAGCACCUAAAGAUUUGGUGGAAAAUGCAGAGGCCAUGGCAGCUGCUACUGGACAAUCCAUCAACCCUAGACCCAACAUCAAUGCCAAACAGGAUGCUGUCCAGAGGUUUUUCCGAAUACCAUUUGCUCGUCCCUCGGAUGACUUCCGUGACAAUCCAACAGGAAAGAAACAUGGGAUGUGGUGGGCUCACUUUGAUGGCCAGUGGAUUGCCAGACAGAUGGAGAUGUAUCCUGAAAAACAGCCAAUUAUCCUGGUUUCAGGUGUAGAUGAUAUGCAGAUGUGUGAACUUAGUCUAGAGGAGACAGGAUUAGGUCGGAAGAAGGGAGCGGAAAUUCUAGGAAAGGACUUUGAGGCUGAAUGGAUUAAGAAUGGUGGAAAGGAAUACUUGAAGAAACAUGCCCAGAGAUUGUCAUCACAAUUCCUGAGGAAGCGUCAAGGCUUGUCAAAUUGAAAACAAAGUAUCAUAGAUGGCUCAGAUUUUAAACUUUAUCUCACUAAAUGUUUAAUGUGUGCUUUAAAUACACUUGUUGUUGAUGGAGAAAAUCGAUGAAGAUGCAUGGGACCCAAAACAAGGACAGAGAAUGACCAAUCAUUUCACCGAUUCCAUUGUACCUGGCACUACUUGUCACUUCCGUUUCUACGACAACCACUGAGGAUCUAGACUCUCAGACCAAUUACAGGAUACAGAGAAACUGCUCAUUCUGGUGGCAUGCUCCCAGUUGUUUUACACAGUAUGAUAAAGUACUUGUAAAUACAUCAUACAGUAUAAAUACCAAAUACAACUACAUA